UCGCAAUUUUACGAUUGUCCCGCUACCUUAUCGCACUUAACAUACUAUUAUGUAGAUUAUUCCUUAACAUAUUCAAUUUCAAACGGUUGAAAAAUCGUUGACAACAGAGUCUGGAAAAUGCGAAUUCCUAGGAUAUUUUGAAGACUAUGAUUUUGAUGGAGAGUGUGGAACCGAUUUUGCGCCCUGCAGAUUAUAUAGGUUCGUUUCUUGUUUUUGGCAAAGGUCAUCAUGAAAGAGCUGAAAUUGUGCGUCAAAAGUUGGAGGCUGCUCGCAAAUAUACCCACAGCAAACCAAUUACGCUGUUAAUAUCUUUAAGUGGGGUUAAGGUUUGUCACGAGAAUAAAGAGCGCGUUUAUAUGGCCCAUGCACUUCGACGAAUUUCUUAUGCUACAUGUGACCCGGAAAAUCUCCAGUUUGCUUUCCUUGCCAGGGAACCGAAAGCACAACCAAACGUCCAAUAUUGUCAUGCUUUCGUUACAGCAACACCUGAAGCGGCCGAGGAACUAAAUACUAUAAUGGGAGAGGUUUUUCGCUUAGCAUAUGCCCAGCAGCGUCUUAAUACGGUUUCCAAUAACCCCGUUUUAUUGGAUCAGUUUGAUAAACAUAUGCCAGUUUGUCAGGUUCAGCAAACUCCAAUAACUGUUACAUGUUCUGUUUCUGAUAACCAAGAUAACCCAGAGAGCAAGAAUUCUCCAAGUCAAGCUGUUUCCGCUGUCAACUUAAAUCAAACCGAUCGUAUAUCGAUGUUUAGCAAACCACUUCCGCCUUUACCAGAAGCUGAUCAUUGUACAUCAAGUAACCAGAUACCAGUUUCUGUCCCGUGUGAAGUGAACAAUGUUCCGUCAAGUGAAGAUUGUGGUGCUAUUGACCGACAUAGAGGAAAUAAACCGCACAAACAUAAGCAUCACAAACACCAUCAUCGUCAUAAAUUACGAGAUGCAACAACAAGUACAUGUGAACAACCUGUAGGUUCAAGUGACUCUGUUGAUCCUACUGCUUAUAAAGUUAACGAAUCAGAAGGAUUCAUAGUAAAGAGUGAACAGGUAAAGCCACCUCCUCCACCGCCACGUUCUCAGUCAUCAGCAACUCCAGCUCAGAAUAUCGCAUCUACUACCUUAGCUGCAAACCAUCAAGGUGAAAUUUUGAAACAUCAUGAAAAGUUACCUGAAACAGAAGUAAAUCAAACCCCACAUAAAAUGGCUGGAGAUCUUACUGAUGUUUUAUCAUUUAGACCUAAAUCUACGACAACUGUAUUAUCACAACACUUCUAUGAUAUGGCUGAUCACCGCAGCUGUGGUGGGAUUGCUCUUGAUAAAGAAACUCCCUUUCCAGAAAAGGAUAUUCAAGAAAGUAACACAGAACUUACCAAUGAUAAUGCUCCAGCCAAUACAUCUACGGCAACCACAACAUCAUCAUCAACUACUGGGUGCUCAACUGCUACAUCUGGCUCUGGUCGUCCGGACUCAGGUUCUGAUAAUAGCUUGCCGUUUGGCAAACGUUGUACGUGCACUCCAGGUUGCACGAGUGGUGAACAUACGUGCGCAAUGUUUGAUAAUAACCCACAUCCUGGGAAUGAGAAUCAGUUCCUGAGACCAAAUGAAAAGCAUCCACCUGUUCCUCCUACAUCUCCAUGCCCCACCCCGAACGUCUCUGAACAAAAUGUUCUGGACGAUAUCAAUGAGUUAUCGCAUGCUCCUUGGUACCUUCCAGAUUUACCACGUGAAAAGGCCUUGGAAAUGCUUGCCAGACAACCCCCUGGAAGUUUUGUUGUUCGAGAUAGCGGAAGUCACCCGAAUAGUUUUGCUUUAUCAGUACGUUCUAGUAAUGGACAAGUAGUUGGUGGCUGCUUUCAUUCUCGACAACCACAUAUAUCAUCAAAUCGAAUAAAAGAUACAGUUCCCCAAAUGACAUCAGUUUAUCCAUCUUCUACAAGCGGAAUAACACACUUUCUUAUCCAGAAAACACCUGGAGGUGGUGUGAAACUGAAAGGAUUAGAUAAAGAAUGGCCAUCGCUUGCAUGUCUUGUUUUACACUUAACUGUGAUGCCUGAAAUGCUUCCUUGUCCACUUCGACUUCCAAAGGCUGCUGCAAAUCCCACCUUCUCGCCCAUUGAUCAUUGUGGUGGUCACAGUGACUUUGAAAAACCGCCUAAUGUUAUUCCAUCACAAUUUCGUCCAAUGUGUAAUGCAUUACAACGUGUAACAGAUACAAUUUCACUAGAUGAAGCUUUAGCUCGUCUAACAGAUGAAGAUGAAGAUUACCAACGUUUAUCUGAUUUCUCCUCUAUUAUGGCUGAUUUAAAGCUGCAGCCUAGAAAUGUGAAUAGAAAGCAUAAAGUUCUAUCUUCUAAAUCCGGUGGUCGUGGUAGAUAGAUACUUUUUUCUUUAUUAUUGUUAUUAUAAACGGUCUUACCAGUGUUUGUACUAUUACUACCUAUCGAGCUCUUUGUUCAGUUAACUAAUUGUUCCACACUUUUUUCUUACUUUUGUAAAGUUUUUUUUUGUGUGUAUGUUUUUAUCAUAUAUUCUAUUCUCUAUUGCAAUACACGCUACCUCUUCAAGUUAAAAUAAAUACACAAUCAACAUCUCAGAAAUUUCUAGUCCAGUUUCUUUUUAAUUAAGUUUUUUUCUUGAUGGCAAUUUUCUUUUUGUGCUUUGAACGCAUAAUGAUAUCAGUGGUGUACACUAAGAUAUAUGACAUUUGCAUACAUUUACAUUAUUUUGAAUUGAGUUUAAUAUAAUACUAGUUGGUAUUUACUGCAUUUUAAUCAUGACUUGAUUUCAUUGUUUUUUGCUAAUUAUUAUAGGCAUGUAAUUUUGUUUCAUUGAAAUUAAAUACUGUUAUUUUAAUGUCAUUGCAUUUUGUUCUAUUCGCUUUCCAAUCGCCUAAUUAUAUUUUAUUUUGUAUAUUUUUUUCUCUCCUGACUUCCAUCUAGUCUAAUUUAACUGUCAUAAAUAAUUCUGAUGAUAAGUUGUAGAUUCAUUUUUAAUGUCCUUCUUGUCACCUAGUUUAUAAGAGUUUUAAUGAUAACGAUAAUAUUUUGGUAUUUUAACAAAUUCAUCUGUAUUUGAACAAACCGGUUUUUUAUAUCAUGCAUUUUCACCCUUCAUUCUCUCGUUGUUGGUCUUUACUUUUACAUUUCUCUUUAUUUAGCAAUAAAACUAAAUGGAAAAUACUACCUGGUUUAUUCAUUUGUUUAUUUAAUUUGCUAAAACACUUAACUGUUAGACUUUCAUCAUUUUCAAUGACAAUGUUAGUAAUCUUUAUUAACCAAAUCAUGUAAAGAAG